CCAACUGCUGAAAAUAUAAUUUUCCCACUGGCUAUCCAGUAUGUGGCUCCACCUGUGUAGAAUUUUAUUCAAUAUUCCCACAACGUAGACCACAGUCAAUGUACUAAUAGAAGUGUAACGUGACUCUAAUAAGAAAGAAAAUGUCGAAGAUUGUAAAAAAACAAACGGCGAGAGAAUCAACGUACACUGAAUUAGAUGUUGAAAAGGCAUUGGCGGCAAUAAAAAAUGGCAUGUCAAUACGAAAUGCAAGUAAAAUUUAUCAAAUUCCAAGAACAACGCUUUUAUAUAAAUACACGGGUAAAUCGCCAAUAUCAGCUAAAAAGGGACCAGCACUUGUAUUAACAGAAAAAGAGGAAAAUGAACUUGUCUCUUGGUUUACAAUGAUAAGCGAUAAAGGAUUUACAUUAACGAAACAACAACUUUUGGAUAGUGUACAAUUAUUAGUGAAUAAAAUAGAAAAACGAAAAACUCCAUUCAGCGAUGGUCGUCCAGGUCGUCAUUGGUAUGAAAAAUUUAUUUUACGUCAUUCAAAAUUAACGAGAAAAAUCGAUGAUAAUACACGUGAACGGCGUAGUGCAAUGUUAAGUGAAGAGAAAUUAAAAAAUUGGUUCAAUGAAAUAAAAAUAUAUUUAAUUGAAAAUGAACUUAUUGACAUUCAUCCAUCGAGAAUAUUUACUUGCGAUGAGGCGGCAUUUUUUCUCAAUCCUGAAGGUGAUAAAAUUUUAAUUCAACGUGGUUCAAAGACAGUUUAUAAUUUAGCAAAAAGUAAUAAUAAUAAUGAAAGGGAAUGUCUUACAACAAUGUUUAUGGUUAAUGCAAAUGGAAUAAUUGCCCCACCAAUGGUAAUGUUUCGCUAUCAAAGAACACCGUACAGUAUUAAUAGUAGUAUUCCUGACGAUUGGAUUCAUGGAAAUUCAUUAAAUGGAUGGAUGAAUGGUGAAACAUUUUAUAAUUAUAUAACUGGUACAUUUUAUCAAUGGCUUGUAAAAAAUGAAAUUGAAUUUCCAAUUAUUUUAUAUAUCGAUAAGCAUUCAUCAAAUAUGACAAUGUCAUUGAGUCAAUUUUGUGAUGAAAAUCAAAUUUAUUUAAUUCCAUUGCACGCAAAUGCAACGCACAUAAUACAACCAUUGGAUGUGGGAUUUUUUCGUUCAAUGAAACAUGCAUGGAAGGAUAUUGUUAAACAAUGGAAUGAGGAGAAUUUUGGAAGAAAAUUUCGUAAAGAAGAUUUUUCAUUUGCCUUAAAACAAACAAUUGAUUUUGUUUAUGAUCAAGAAUUUUUGCAAGCCAGUUUCAAAAGUUGUGGAUUGUGUCCAUUUUCUCAUGAGGCAAUUGAUUGUUCAUUAAUUAAAGAUUCGGAAUCUUAUAAAGAAAUUCGAUUAAUUGGUUCGAAUAAAUUAUUAUCAAUUGUUGACGAUUAUGAAAAUGAGAAUAUGAAAUUUCUUGAACUUUUGGAAAAAUAUUUGCCUGAUGAUAAAUUAACGGCAUUCAAGGAGAAUGAGGAAAAUCCAUUGUGGAUUGGCGAUGAAAAAGAUACAAAUCUUUUUUAUUUUUGGUUAAAUAUUCGUACACUUGCAUAUUCUGCUGGCGAUAAUAUGUAAAUGAAAAUUAUAUAUUUUUUUUUUUAUUUUCAAUCGUUUUACAAAAAAGGAGUUUUUAUUUUAUUCUAAUUGUUAGAAAAAAAAUAUUUUAUUAGAAUUUCAGAAAAUAUUACUGAAAAAAAAUGUUCAGUUUUGAGAGAAUUCAAAGCAGUUGAAAAAUGUAAGAAAAAGAGAAUAUAAUAAAGUUUUGAAAAAAAAAGAAUCUCACACGUGAGUAUUUUUAUUGACACAAAACUGUGAUUUUUAUGUGUUCAAUAAUAAAAAUACCAAAAAAAAAAAAAAACACUGUAUAUCUUGUCAAAUAAAAUUGUUGCACUAUUUACUAA